AAUGUGUGGUGCACGUGUUAAUGUUCUUCUGCUAAAAAGGGUUAAACGAACUUUUAAUUUUUAAAAAAAGGCUUAGAGAGGCCAUUUAGCACUUUUACUAGAACUACCUCGCGCGGGGUAAUUAGUAAGAGUUAGAGCGCAAUCAGUAAGAGAUAGAGAGCAAUCCUUGAUCAAUCCGAGCGCGAGAAUCUUAAUCUAUGAUCACAUGAACAAACUCUUGAAUCUUAUUAUUAUGACUGAACGCAUCAACUCAAAUGGAGAGGAAAACUUUAUUGUACUAGAUGGAGGUCUUGGAACAGAAUUAACAAGGGCUGGAUUUAAAAUCGAUGAUGAUCCACUUUGGAGUACCAGAACUCUUAUUGAAAAUUCAGAGGCAGUGAAAGCUGUCCAUAAAAGUUUCCUUGAAAGUGGGGCUGACAUUGUGAUAACUGGCACUUAUCAGCUCAGCCUGGAGACACUUUAUCAACAUUGUGAUUUUGAUGAGAAUAAGGCCUUGGAUGUAAUUUACAGUAGCGUAAAAAUUGCACAGGAAGCUUGUCUUGAAGUUAAAAGUAAUAAUUCUGAAUAUAAAAGGAGACUGCUGGUUGCUGGAUCAGUAGGUCCAUAUGGAGCUUGUCAGCAUGAUUGGUCUGAGUACAGUGGGAAUUAUGUUGACAACAUGACAAUCAAGCAACUGAUGGAUUGGCACAGGCCCAGAGUGAAAGCACUGCUUGAAGCUGGAGUUGACAUUCUAGCUCUAGAAACCAUUCCUGCUCAGAAAGAAGCAGAGGCUCUGAUUCAGCUUCUCAAGGAAUUUCCUACAGCAAAAGCUUGGCUGUGCUUUUCAUGUAAGGAUGAAAGGCACACUUGUCACGGAGAACUGUUCUCUGAAGUUGUCACUAAAAUCGUCUGCCAGUCAGCACAAAUUGUUGCUGUUGGUGUGAAUUGUUCUCCUCCACAAUUUGUAAAGUUCUUAUUGCAGAGCAUCCAAGGAAAGGUUGAUCUUCCCCUAAUUGUUUAUCCUAAUGGCUUCGACGAUGGAAAAUUCGUCUGGGACGACGAUGAACAUCAAGUUUUAUCUGGUCAUGUAAUAGAGUGGAUAGCAGCUGGCGCUCGUUGGAUUGGAGGAUGCUGUGGGACGCAGCCGAAGGACAUAGCCAAGAUAAGAAAGAUAGUCGAAAGUAUUGGGUAACCAUCAACAGAUUCGAUUUCAGUCUCGGGCUUUAUCAAGGCCCUUCGGGUUUUACGUUAAUUGCUCCCUGCAGAUCUCAGGGACGUGGCGGAAGACGAAUUGCUGACUGGACGCGAAUCACUUCUCUUGUUAGUGUCAAUGGAUUAUUUCAGCCAAUCGGAAACAAGAACAAGUCAGAAAUUUACAAUGGAGUGUUUUUUUGCUUUUGAGUGUCGUAAAACCAAAGUAAUCACAACGACCAAUCAGAGGGAAGGAAAAUACCUUCAAGAGCUUAAAGUUUUGCAUCUGAUUGGUUGAGAGUGGAGUUUCCUAGACCAAUCACAGAGCGAAGUAAAGCAAAAAGAAAAUUAAUCCUGGAUUACUUUUGACACUCAAUAUUGAAAACUGCCCAAAACCUGCCUUAAUGUAAUCGUGUUGAACAACUCAGGUGUCCAAUACACUUCGCCACUUCUCCUUUCAGAACAAAGUAAGGCUGACACAACUGAAAAUUCCGAUAAUUGUUUUAUUUGCGAGAACGUCCUUGCCAGUAUUUGAGUAAGCCAACAGAAUAUGCACAGUCACAGAAACCAGUUCCAUGCACACCAAUAACCAAACUUGGUUUUUAUCAGAUUCCUGACAAGAUGCACGUAAAAUUAUUAAGCACACAAAUAUCUUCUCCAAUUAAAAGCUCUUAUGUUAAAAAGAAAAACGACAUUUUGAGCAGUAACUGUCCCGGGAUAAAAUAUCUCUGAUUUGUUUUCUUUUCAAUCAGGCAAUACCAGCAAUAUCGAACUGCUGCAUUCUGCCGUCAUCGAUAUGAAAUGGCUCGCACAAUCUUUUCAAGGUUUCUGAAUUUUUUUUCGAGAAUGGAAUCAACCAAUCGGUAAAAUGAAGAAUAGAUUUUCGGUAACAGGACGAUCCAGUUAUUUGAAAGCAAAGAAAUUAAUAGAGACCGUUUUCCCUCUUGAGAACAUAGAAUAGAUUUCUCGCCGGUUGCCAGGAGUUCUACCGAGAAGCUUCAAGACCUCGUUCAAUUGCUGUACAUCGCAUCCAGUGUCUGCCUGUAGUACGAUGUGAUUUGUUUCCGUCUGAGCUUCAUGGCAGCGGUAACAAAAACGGUGUCAGGCGUCCACUGUUCCGUGACAAGGGUCAACCGCUGAGGGAUCUCGAACUUCUCAAGACGCACUGCAAGAAAGAGAGAAGUAACGUGUCACCUUAUACACCUGAACCGUUUGAAACGGGUUUCCUUUCUUGAAUGCAUGUUAGGAAGAGCACCACUUUGUAACCAAUGAGGCCGGGAAACACAAGUGGACAGCCCUUUUUGACAGUACGCUUGGUAUGUACUACCGACUUCACCACAAGCCUCUGCGAUCAUUUCAAAUUUUCAAAGUACAGUGGAAACUCCAUUUACGGUGCGCCCUUGGGACCAGGGCGAGAGUCCCUUUAAUGGUGGUUUCCCUUCAACAGAGGAAACAGAUACAAAGACAACAUGAACAUUUAUCCGAGACCAAAGUUUGUGUUCCCAGAACGGAGAGGUUCCUCUGUAAUUAACAGUUGCGUGGCUUCUGCGGGGAAAAAAUUCUGUCGCUAGGACUAAACAGAAAUCUCCAUGCCACACAAAGCGAAUUAUUGCUGUGAUAUUUCCUUGCGACUUAUGGCGUUGUGUUUAGCGACCUGAAAUUUUCUCAACUUUCUACCGGGACGUGUGCGCGCUCUUAAUUCAAGUGACUUACAAGCUUUGCCGAGAGCCUGCAGAUCGUUGAGGACUGCAUCCUGGAUGGCUCUAUUUCUGCACUGUUCAGCCAUGUCAUCAGUAUGCACGCCGAGCGACACUGCUAGGGCCUUGAGCUGUUUAGGGCGUGGCACCACCAAGCACACCACAAAGGUUUGACAGCUCUCUGCAUACACACACAAAGCUUCCACAUACUGACUUUGCGCAAGUGCUGCUUCUACUUUGCCAAGAGACACGUACUCUCCAAUCUGCAGCUUUACAAGAUCUUUCUUGCGAUCUGGAUGGGAAAAGAAACAAUGAAAUGAAAACUUUAGCCUGAAGUUUUUCAAGUUUGUCAUUUGUCAUCAAACACUGAUUCCUCACCUAUGAUUUUCAGACAUCCAUCAGGAUGGAACUCUCCGAUAUCACCGGUAUGGAACCAUCGCAUACCGUCUCUGUCUUCUUUGAAGUCUUCAGCCGUUUUCGUUGGAUUUUUGAAGUAGCCACGGUUCACAACUGGACCGCCAAUAACAAUCUCUCCUCUGGGGUAAGGUUUAUCCGUGACGUUGUAAUUACCUUCACAAUGUAAAUAGUGUUAAGUUAACCCUUUACGUCAGUAUUCAUAAUCUCCAUACUGUGUUCUAUACAUAUCUUAAG